AGCCACAUGGUGGGCCUGGACCAGGUGGGUCCAGACCACAGCACACACUGGGAUUAGCCCAAGUAGGAUAGGAAAAACAUCAGAAUGAUGGACGGCAGAAUGAGAGGAGCGCCUCUGACCUGAAUUUCAGCCGUCAUUUUCAUUUACAUUUAUGUUUCAUUGAAUGUUCUCCUUUGACCAUUUCUCCUGUGGAAGGGUUAAUUAAUUAAUGUACAUGUCUUUUAUAGAGGGUUCUGAGGAACCAGAAGAACCGUAAGGUCUCCACGGUACCAGAGGAACCUGCUCCUCGAAGCAGAAAGGGUUCCACCUUUACAGACUUGGUGUCCCGGAACCGCAAGGCCUCCGCCAAGACUGACGAGGUGAUUUUGUUGUUGAUUUCACCCACUGGUGACGGAACUCUACUUUGGUCUGACCCACUACAGGAACCAGGCAGAUGUUUCCACAUCCAGAGCUUUAUUCUCUAGGUCACCACCACACACUUCACACACUGAUAAACUUGCAUCUUCAUCUGUUGACAACUAUAACCUCUGACCUGGAGGGGCCAGAGUCCAAACGUCCAUUUCUGGCACGCUGAUUGCUGAAAAGGAAUGGCCUUUUUUACACCAGGACUAAGCUUAAUCUGUGUCCGGGAAACCACCCCAAUAAAAUCUGAACGUUUACUUCCCUUGUGGUCCUCAGGUGAUCCUGAGCCGGAAGGGUUCCUCGGCCAUAGACGCGACGCCCCGAGCCAGGAAGGGUUCCUCGGCCGUAGACGCGACGCCCCGAGCCAGGAAGGGUUCCUCGGCCGUAGACGCGACGCCCCGAGCCAGGAAGGGUUCUACGUUCACAAACCUGCUGAGUGGGGGUAGAAAGACGUCUUCCAUCCCUGAGGAGGUCCCAGCCUCUCCCUCUAGGGGCACGAGGAAACCCUCUAUCAUCCAGGAGGAGGUGAGGACUGGGUCUGAAAUGGCACCCUAUUCCCUAUAUCAAAUCAAAUCAAACUUUAUAGUAGUGCACUAUAUAGGGAAUAGGGUGCCAUUUCAGACUAAAACUGAGGACUGAGCCCAGGGUCCACAGAUCCAGAGGCCCAGUAAAGCCACAACAGUGUCCACAACAUCUAGACAAACAUUAAAAUGGGGCGAUAGCCAGCUAGCCUUAAGGUCAGAGAGGCGGCCUGCAACAAUAGAGUAUUCUUUAUGGUGUUGUGUCCCCCAGUCAGAGGACGGGGAAGAGGUGUCCAAGCCGCCCACUGUGCAGACCAUCAGUGAGGAGGACGAGAUACUGAUAGGAGAGGGACCCACCCUCGACCGGCCAAUGACUGCUCUGGAAAAACUACACAUCAUCGUGGGUUACGCCAUCGUCAGAAGAGACCUCAGGUGUGUGGCUCAGCUGUGGAUCUGGCUACUCUUUUCCUUCUGUCUUCUUCCAAUCGCCUCUCUUUCUCCCUCUAUAUUUACUUCUAGGAAACGCAAGGAGAGAGAUGGCGACGAGAGAAAGCAGAGGCGUAGACGAAGGAGAGAGAAGCAAGGCGAGAGAGGGACGCUCAGGAUGAGGCGAAGAGCGGAAGAACCGAGGAGGGAGAGCGCGCGGCAAGAAAGAGCGAAGAGAGACGCGAACAAGACGAGGAGCCGACGAAGAGAGAGAGGAGGCAGCGAGGGGAAGAACGAGCGCGAGAAGAGACGGCCCGCUACGCAUAGAAGAAGAGACGCGUAUUGGGGAACCACGCGAGCGCGGCGCACGCGCGGGCAGGCACGCAAACGAGAGAGGCGCCGCGCGGCCAGACAGGACGAGCGGCGCCGCGCGGUCGGGGGCCGCCACGCCCGCGCGCGCCGCGCGCGAGGGGAAAGGGACCGCGCGCCGGAGACGAGAGGGAAGGAACGGAAGAGGAAGAGACAGAAGAGCGGGACAGACCGCGAGAGAAGAAGCGGAACGAGAGAGAGCGACGAAAGAGAAGCAGAGGGAAAGAAAGAAGAAGAGGAGUAAUAGAGAGUAGGAAGAAAUAGCGAAGAGAGGGAGAGGGCGGAAAGGACAGAGAGAGCGGGGAAGAGAGGGCAAAGAGAGGGAGACGCGAGAGUGAUACGCACGAGGCGGAGAACGACGAGGCAAGAGAGAGAGAGACGAGAUAGCGAGGGACGACCUCGAGGAGAAGAGAGGGACGACCGCGCGGCGCCGAGAGGGCGCCCGAAAGAGCGCGGGGACGCGUGGCCCGCCCGAGACGAGGCGCGCGAGGGGAAAGACAGAGAGAGGAGAAGAUAGCGGAAACAGCCCGAAGGCGAGAGGGACCGCGAGGGAAGACCGACGGAGCGCGGAGAAGCGCGGGAGACGACAGCGCGAGGUAGCAAGAAGCGGGGAAGCCAGAAGAGAUGAGGGAAGAGAGGGGAAGAAAUUGGAAGAGUAGAGGAGGAAGGAGAGGAAAGAACAACACGGAGGAGGGGCAGAGAGGGAAGGAAGAGAGAGAGAAGCGCGGAAAGAAAAAGGCGAGAGCAGCGAAGCGAGGGAAGAAGAGGCGGAGAAGAGGGCAAGAACGAAAGAGAGAACGGCGGAGAAGUCGCAGAAGAGAGAAGCGACGAGAAAGAGAGGAGCGGAGAAGGAGAGGACAAGAAAAGGCAGGAGAGGAGACGAGCAGAAGUAGGGACAGAUACGAGAGAGGAGAGGCCGAAAGAGGUAAAGACCGAGACGGGAAAGAGCAGAAGGGUGAGGGAAGAACGCGAGCGGCGAGGCGCAGAGAGCGAAAAGAAUAGAGAGAAGGAAGUCAGAAGGUCGCAAGCGACGGAGGAAGAGAGGGAAGAGAGUGCAGAAAGACAGAGGAGGAGAAGCGAGGAAAAGAAAGAGAGAGGAGAAAGGAGGGAAGAAACGAGAGAAGAGAAAGAGAGAGAGGGACGAAAGGAGCGGACGCGAAGAGAGGAGCGAAAAGAGAGAGAAGGAGGAACGACAGAGGAAGAGAGAGAAAGGGAAGAAAAGUAGAGUACGCGAAGCGCAGGGACAGUAAAGAGCGAGGAGAGGAGUCGAGAGAGAGGCAAGAAGAGAGCGGAGGAUGCAGUAAAGACAGAGAGGAGGAGAAGACGCGGGCAAGGAAAGAAAGAGCGAGGGAAGAGCGGGAAGCCAGAUAGAUGGCGAAGAGAGUGGAAUAAAGAAAUGCGCGGAUUCGGCCGCGAUUGACGCACGCCUCUCUCUUCUCCUCUCUUUCCUCCCUCUCUCUUCUCCUCGCUUCUGACUCUCUUAGUAUCCCACUCUAUUCUGCCUCGAUUGUCACCAUCUUUCCUCGUCUUCCUUCCCUCUGUGGUUCUCCAUGUAGAGGAUGAGAUCUUACUGUCAGAAUCUGUAAGCAGAUGCAGGAGACUGGGAACCGCCAGCAGUUUUAUCGAGGUUGGAUCCUCGUCCAUCUGCGGGGAUCUUCCCCCCUGAACGCUCAUCAAGUAGAUCCUCCCUCCUGGUCCAUCUGUCUGGGAUCUUACCCCACUGAACGCUUAAUCAAGGUAGCAUCCACCCUCGUCCAUCUGUCUGGGGAUCUCCCCCCCCCCCCCAUUGAAUGCUUAAUCAAGGUGACUGAACCUGGAACAGUGAGUGCAUGGCUAGCCUGAUCCCAGAUCAUUUUGAACCAGAAGCCAUAGGAACAGAGGAGUUUGGAAUACAGCACACACAGAUCUGGGACCAGGCUAUCUUCUGGCUCAUAUUGUAUAGGAAGCGCUUUUGGCUCAUAUACAUUUUAGUCAUUUAGCAUAUGCUCUUAUCCAGAGCGACUUACAGUUAGUGCAUUCAUCUUAAAAUAGCUAGGUGGGACAACCACAUAUACGGGCUGAUUCGGUGUUAAGAUCUGUGUGGCUAAAACGUUUUUCUCCCAUUAACAUCAGUAGCUUGGGUUACCAUCAAUUGGAAACAGAUUUUCAUGCGAACAUUCUAACAUCUGCAUAAAAAAACAAUAUGCGCAUUUUCCCACCAGAGAUGUUUUCAUCACAUUGACUUGUUGCAGGUAAAAGGCUGUGUGAUGACGUGAAGUGCACAUAAAAAUUACUUUUACGGUUUAAAUUCCACGUCCGCGACUAGAUUGCAUUUUCAAAUCUAUGAUGGUUGUCACCAAAAAUAUAGUGAAAGUGAAUGUCCCACUCUGGUCAUGGCCACAUACGUCUCUAGCGAGCUAACAGAUUAUGACAGUCUAGCCGUCUGUCCCUCACACUCGACCGCCAAGCUGGACAGGACUGCUAGUAGCACGGUUACGCCCACCAGACCAACCCUUCGCAGUGACUCCACACCACAGAUAUACACGGUUCCUAGAAUCUUAACAGCUCACAGAUAUAACAGUCUAGCCCGCCGCCUUAAAAAAGUCACAGAUAUUACAGCUAGCCAGCAGAAUCACGAUAUAAAGUCUAGCCAGCAGCUCCAGAUUAUAAGUAUAGCUAACAGCCACAGAUAUACAGUCUAGCCAGCAGCUCAAAGAUAUACAGUUAGCCAGAGCUCACAGAUAUACAGUCUAGCUAACAGCUCCAGAUAUACAGUCUAGCAGCAGCUCACAGAUAUUACAGUCUAGCUAACAGCUCACAGAUAUACAGUCUUAUAGCCAGCAGCUCAAGUAUUACAGUCUAGACACAGCUCACAGAAUACAGUCUAGCUAAACAGGCUCACAGUAUUACAGUCUAGCCGCAGCUCACAGUAUACAGCUAGUUAACAGGCUCACAGAGAUACAGCUAGGGAUUAACAGCUCACAGAUAUAUUACAGUCGAGCCAGCAGCCACAGCUAUACGUAUAGCCAGCAGGGCUCAAGAGAUACAGUCUAAGCUAACAGCUUACAGAUAUACAGUCGACCCAGCAGCUCCAUAUAUACAGUCUAAGCCAGCAGUCACAGAAUAUACAGUCUAGCUAACAGCUCACAGAUAUACAGUCUACCAGCAGGCUCACAGAUAUACAGUUAGCUAACAGCUCCACAGAUAUACAGUCUAGCAAGCAGCUACAGAUAUUACAGUCUAGCCAGCAGCUCACAGAAUACAGUUAUCGUUAACAGCUCACAGAUAUACAGUCUAGCUAAACAGCUCACAGAAUACAGUCUAGCAGGACAGCUCACCGAUAUACAGUCUAGCUAAACAGCUCACAGAUAUACAGUUUAGCCAGCAGAUCCAGAUAUUACCGUCUAGACAGCAGCUCACGAUAUAAGUCUAGCUAAACAGCUCACACGAAUACAGUCUAGCCAGCAGCUUCACAGAUAUACAGGCCAGCAACCCAGCUCACAGAUAAUAGCCAGGUAGCCAGCAGCUCACAGAUAUACAGUAUAGCCAGCAGCUCAACAGAUAUACAGUCUAGCUUAACAGUCACAGAUAUACAGUCUAGACUAAAAGCUCACAGAUAUACAGUUCUAGCAGCAGCGCACAGUAUACAGUUCUAGCCAGAGUCACAGAAUACAGUCUAGCAACAGCUAACAGAUAUAUAAGUCUAGCUAACAGCUCACAGAGAUACAGUCUAGCAGAGCUCAAAGAUAUACAGUCUAGCUAAGCUCACAGAAUUUACAGUUAGCAUAACAGCUCACAGAUAUACGUCUAGCUACAGCUCAAGAUAUACAGUCUAGCUAACAGCUCACAGCUUACAGGUAUAGCUAACAGCUCACAGAUAUACAGUCUACGCUCCCGCUCACAGAUAUACAGUCUAGCUAACAGCUCACAGCAUACAAGUCUAGCGAACAGCUCACAAGAUAUACCACGUCCUAGCUUAACAGCUCCAGAUCUACAGUCUAGCUAAACAGCUCACAGAUAUAACAGUCUAGUUAACAGCUCACAGAUAUACAGUUCAUAAAGCUAAAGCUCACAGAUAUUACAGCUAGCUUAAAGCUCACCGAUAUACAGUCUAAGCUAACAGCUCACAGAUAUUUACAGUUAGCUUAACAGCUCACAGAUAUUUCCAGUCAGCAACAGCUCCAUAUUAUACAGUCUAGCUUAAACAGCUCAAAGACUAUACAGUCUAGCUAACAGCUCACAGAUAUACAGUCUAGACCUUAACAGCACAGAUGAUACAGUCUAGCUUAACAGGCUCACAGAUCUACGUAUAGCUAACAGCGCACAGAUAUACGUCUAGCUUAACCAGCUCACAGAUAACAGUCUAGCUUAACCAGCUCACAGAUAUGCAGUCUAGCUUAACGCUUCACGAUAUACGUCUAGCUUAACAGCUCACAGAUUAUACAGUCUAGCUGAACAGGUCACAUAUAUACAGUCUAGUUAACAGCUCACAGAUAUCCGUCUAGCUAAAAGCUCACCAGAUAUACAGUCUAGCUAACAGCCACAGAUAUACAGUCUAGCUAACGCUCCAGAGAACAGUCUAGCUUAACAGCUCACGAUAACAGUCUAGCGCACACGCUCCCAGAUUCCAGUCGAGCAACAGCUUCACAGAUUAUACGGUCUAGCUUAACAGCCACGAUAUACACGAGUCUAGCUUAACAGCUCACAUAUAUACAGUUAGCUACCCACGAGUCAUACCCGCGAUAUACAGUUCUAGUUUAAAGCUCACAUCCUAUACCAGCUAGCCUAACCAGUCUCACGCUAAUCGCUCUAGCUAACAGCUCACAGAUAUACAGUUCUAGACAUAAACAGGCCUCACAAGAAGAUCUACAGAUCUAGCCAGAAGCUCACCGAUAUACAGUCUCGCUAACAGUCAACAGACUAUAAUAGCUAUACCGGUAGCAAUUAUAAAAGAAUGGUCACAGAUAUUACAGUCUAGAGGACUUACAGAGAACCUACAACGCCGACUUCUACCCAGACAUGUUAGCUCAACCGGCCUCACAAGUAAUACACAGUCUCAGCUAACAGCACACAGAAUAUACAGCUAAGAACGAACGAACAGCAGCCCUAAAGAGAUAAGAGUAAAAGAGCUAGCUUAACAGCUCCAGAUAUACAGUCUAGCUUAAACAGCUCACAGAUAUACAGUCAGCUUAAAAGCUCACAGAAUACAGUAGCUUAACAGAUCACAGAUAGACAGUUUAGCUUAACAGCUCAAGAUAGAACAGUCUAGCUUAACGCUCACAGAUAUACAGUCUAGGUAACAGCUCACAGAUUUUACCAGUCUACUUAACAGCUCACAGAAUCAGUCUAGCUACAGCUCACAGAUGUAUACAGUCUAGAUUAACAGUUUACAGAAGCUACAGUCUUAGAUUAAACAGCUCACAGAUAUUACAGUCUAGCCCGCAGUAACAGAAUAUUACAGUCUAGCUUAACGCUCACAGAUACUACAGUCGAGUUAACGCCUCACAGCUAUACAGUCUGCUUAACAGCUCAAGAUAUAAAGUCUAGCUUAACAGUUUACAGAUAUACAGUCUAGCUUAAACAGCUCAAGAUAUACCGUUAGCAGCAAGCUCACAGAUAUAAAGUCUAGCUUAACAGCUCACAGAUUAUUACAGUCUAGCUUAACAGUCACGAUAUACAGUCUAGCUUAAAGCUCACAGAUAUACAGUCUAGAUUAACAGCUCCCCAGAUAUACAGUCUGCUUACAGCUCACAGAUAUACCAGUCUAGCCAGCAGUCACAAAUAUACAGUGCGGGUAGCUAGCUAAAUGAUUGAGAUUUAUUAUGAGACAAAAGAGAGAGAUGAUUUUUAUUUGUAAACACGCAGCAAGCAUCGAUUCAAUUCAUGUCACCAGCAUAAGACCCUCGAUCAUUUAUUGAAAAUAGGCACAAGCUCACACCGUUUUGCACUUUCGCCACCCUGUGAAGUUAAUCAUAACGUAUUUAAUAGGUAGGCCUAAUAAACUGAUGUUUCUGAGUCUAGUGCGGAGGGGCCACACAACAUGUCAUCACGUGACUCCACGGUUAUUCGAGUUGUGAUUGGUUUGUAGAUCAAUAUUUGCCGCAUAAAGCCGUUUCACGCCAAUUCUGAUAAUUAAUUGUAGAGACAUAUAACUAAAGAUAUUAUAUAAUUGUCUGCGUUUGUUGUUUUGUGAUUUCAUUUGGUUUUAAGUUUACAGACAAAGGUGUUGUUGCCACCAGGCCAUAUAAUUUUACUCACUUAAAACAGUUGGAUGGAAACCCGGUGUCUGAAAUGAUUUACGCAAACCUCCCUAGUUGAGUUGCGCAUGCUAUCACAAAACCUCUUGCGCACCAUCGGGCCCAUUGCAUUACAUAGUCUUGAGCUUUUACAAUCCCUUAUGUGACUGAUCAACUCAAUCUCUACUCCCUUUCCUCAAGUUCCUCAAGAGCUUAUCCGAUUCGGCCGGCACGCGCCCGGCUAUCCCCCUACUCGCCAAGAAGACUGAGGCGCACCGUAGCCAAUGGAGUCCGUGGAGAGCUCCGAGCUGGCUUGAAAACUAGAGGUGAGAGGAAAAGUAGGGAUGUGAAAAUGUAAAAAAAAUAAAAAAUGUUGAAGUUUAAACAGGCCUUGUUUUUUUUUUUAUCAUCAACCUUGUGUGAAACGAGUUCACAAUUAGAUGUGGUCCUUGCCGUAUGGACCGCUAGGGGCGGUGAUUUGCAGUUCAAAUAUCACCGCAGUCAUGGACUACAUACAGACGGCGUCACACGUAUGUGUCACCCAAACCAUCGGCAAAAUCCGUAGUUCAAGCUGUUUUAGGUUUCCGGAAGCUGUGCUCUACACUCCAAUGUUCUCAGUGGUCAGUACAUGGCCGCCACUUAAUAUCCAACUUCUCAUCAACGUGAGGACUGUUGCAGUGAUGUGACCACCAAAAACUGUUGGUUCCUACACCAGGUAUGGUCGUGCGCCCGAGCUCACGCCGCUUCUGGACAAUUUCUUCAUCAGGACGUCACCUUUUUUUGGACAUCUUGUAGUCUGGGUUAUAGGACAUGCCAUCAGGGCUUUUGAAGCCGCACAUCCCUCUACAUUGACAGUGGUGCAGAUCAACUGCAACUUGCUUUCUGGAAAUCAGCACGCGGCAGUGCAUUUUCACAUCCGUCCCUCUAUCGCAGCCCAACUGUUGGGUUCACGUGCCGCCCUUUUCAGAUGGUUACGUAUUGCCCCCUGUCCUGCCACUGUAGAUCAAUUUCCACCUCGCACCAAGGUAGAUUUCACAACCUUAUGAUUUAACUGUCAAUUGUAUUGCCCAUACCUAUGACUGGUGGCUGCUGUUCUCUCUCCCAUGUCUCACUCUCUUUUCCAACUGUUUACGACGAUGACCUGAGGAGCUUUAUAUCGGUGUGGGCAAAAUCAUUAGAAAGAUGAUAUCUCAUCCUACUAAUUUACAGCUUGUGAGUUGUAGGUAUUUGUUUAAUUUAUUUAUGAGGAUGAUCAGGUUAGUGGUAGUUUGGUGUAAAACUUCUCUGUGAUUUUAAUUUUUGUGGAGCAGGAACAAAGAAAAAAAUACCUAAACAAAAAGGGUUUUGGUUAGGGAUUUUUUCUAAACAUGAACGAUCCCAAGUUUGUUUUAAACGUUCUUAGUAGUUAUUUGUUAGUCUGUCCUGUUGUUGAUUUUGUAGUUCUUCUGAGUUAUUGCUCUUCCAUCCAAACCUUGACCCGACGGAACCUGUGUUGCCUGGUGACUGGAACAGGCACGUCCACCCCCCAAGUUAAGAAGCCCAUUACCCCGCGGUGUUGUCUGUGACGUGUGGACGGACGCACCAUCAGCGGGCCUGUAGACCGUUUUCACGCCUCACCAACUCCCAAGGAGUCAUAUGCCAGUUACUCUCUGAGAAGGUCCCCUCCCUCAAGACACCUCGGCUUCUCUCUCUACUCGGCUCUCUAUGAAAGGUAAAGCAGUACUAUUAUAGGAGAAUAGAUCCCCCACCUGUACUGUUGACUUGACCUCUACUUCCGAAAGGUCUUUGAGACACCCCUGAUUUCCAACAUCGACCCCCUAGGCCCUCCUGUACAUCCGAGGUUUUAAUCGAUAUAUGGCAACUGGCUUCACCUUUCCCUUCGAUAGGCUGAAUUACCUUUUGGCCAUGUUGCUGACCUCUUCAGAUCCACAGGAGUGUCUAGGGAUGAAGGACUGGGGCCCCGAUUGGGAAUUGAGCAAAACUGCCCUGGUGGACCGAUGGACAGGGUUCUUAGUGUUCGUGUGUGUGUUGUUAGUUGCAAAGUCAAUUGAAGGUUGGUCCUCUUGGUUCCCCCCCCCUUUCCAGGUGUGGUCGCCGGGGGCAGCGGGCGGGGAGCACGUGAAUGGACGCCAUCUCCCAGUGCGAACAGGAAGUGAAACGGAAAGGUGGGGCAGGAGAAAGCCCCCCUGGGGGACUCUACUACAGGAAGGAAUUUUAACAACCGUGGCAGACUGCAAAGAAACCUGUCAGCACAGACCUCAUCUACAGACA